AUGGCUGCCCUACACGCUCACCCCUAUCCGGCUUAUUAUUGCCUGUCUUUCGUCCUCGGUGUUUUGGCUCAUCUGUUCGUUUUCCGCCGAGGCGAAUGGAACCUCUACGUUUUUAACAUCUUGCAAGCUUUUGCUGUCCUCGAAAGCAUUUUGGUCUACAUUGUUGCUCGAGCAGUCGAAGGUGGAGAUUCCCCUGUAUGGAAAGUCACUGCCAUAUCGUCUUGUUUCACACUAUCAGCCUUGAUGGGAUCGUCAAUUAGCAUGCUCAUCUACCGCGGCUGGUGCCACCGAUUGAGUCGAUUUCCAGGCCCCUUUUAUGCCAAGCUGUCCAACUUUUACAUUACAUUUCACGCCUUCAAAAGAUUUCGUCUUUUUGAGGAGGUGCAGCAGUUGCAUAGAAAAUAUGGGGAUAUUGUUCGCAUUGGACCUAGCGAACUAUCUAUCAUAGGUCCACGUGCUUUGCAAGCUCUCCAUUCGAACAGCUCCCCUUGUACUAAAGGCCCUUGGUACAGCAUCGAGCACCCUAUCAAAGCUUUACAGAUGACCAGAGAUAAGGAGGAGCAUGCCUAUCGACGUAAGGCAUGGGACAUGGCUUUCAGCUCCAAGGCACUUCGAGAGUAUGAAGCACGAGUGGCUGGGUACACUACCCAACUAGUUGAGCAGAUAGAGGCAUCCCAGGGUACACCGAUUGACGCAUCUUCAUGGUUUAACUUUUAUAGCUUUGAUGUUAUGGGUGACUUGGCCUUUGGAAGAAGUUUCGAUAUGCUCAAGAACGGAACAUCACACCCAUUUAUGGAACUGGUCCAUUCCAACAUGCUAAUGGCUGGUUCGCUGACUCACCUGCCCUGGAUCUUUCCACUUCUGAAACGCAUUCCGGUAUUAAAUCGGAAGAACCUUGAGUUUCAAGGGUGGCUCAAGCAGCAAGUCGACUGGAGACACAAGAACAAGCCGGAUUUACCAGAUGUAUUUUCAUGGAUACUCUCUGACUACGACGCUCUCAACAAGCCGACUGCUCAAGAUACGAUCAACUUACGCGGAGAUGCUCAGCUUAUCGCUGUAGCGGGCAGUGAUGCUACGGCGGCAUCACUUGCCUGUCUUUUCUUCGAGCUGGCGGCUAACCCGGAAGCUUGCCUUCAUCUCCAGAGAGAACUCGAUCAAUAUUACGCAGAUCACGGCAAACCAGACCAUUCAACUCUGUCAAAGCUCAGAUAUCUGCAAGCUUGUAUCAACGAAUCUAUGCGCCUCUACCCGGCUAUCCCGUCAGGCUUGCAGCGAAUGACUCCGCCUGAGGGUUUGGAUGUUGGCAGCACGCAUCUUCCAGGGGAUACUGUAGUAACAAUUCCAACCUACACGUUUAAUCGAGGCAUGGGGUCCGAUAAUAAUACUUUGCAGUCUCGAAAGGACUAA